AUGACUACACCGCCCCGACAUUUCAGCACGCUUGAGCGGGUUACCAGUGCCACCAGUCGGGCCUUUGCUCACUCUCUUCCCGAUGCCUCUCCAAUCGCUCAGGCCUCCAUCGCCAGGGACCUGGAAGAAGACACCGACUCUGAAGCCGCCGAGUCCGACUCGGAUUCCGAAAGCUCUACCUUGAGACCUUCAACCUCCGCUCCAGGGAAUGCAAGUGCCUACUCAUAUAUAGGUUCCUACCGCCGUCCUAGCUUCUCCGGUGCGGGAAACCGAGCCACCAUACUUCCCCGGCCCUUCAAAGACCAUGACAAACUAUCCAAACAGGAACGAUCACGCGCUUUGGAGGAGGAACGCAGUUUACUGAGAGACAACAACAUUAUCCCGCCAAAGCACCCUCAGGCCGAGGAACCUCGGAGGAAGAGCAUCUUCUCCAACUAUCUAGGGAUACCAGGGGGCGACCGCAAGGUCUCUCAGGAUGAAGAUGCUAUCCAGGCAUUGGACAGUCAGGCAGGGCUAGCUUCGGAGGUUUCUCCUCUGCUAGGAGAUACCGGCCUGCCAUAUGGUGGACAUGGAGACCGGGAGAAUGUCGAGGCCAAAUGGGAAGAAGCAGUGGCCGCUGGCAUGAUCCAUACCACCUGGCAACGUGAAACAAAGGUCAUCGCGAGCUAUGCGGCGCCGCUGAUGGUCACUUUCAUCCUCCAGUAUUCCUUGACGGUGGCGAGCAUAUUCACUGUUGGCCAUAUCGGGACCGUCGAGCUCGGUGCCGUCAGUCUGGCCUCCAUGUCAGCCAACAUAAGUGGUUAUGCCAUUUAUCAGGGACUUGCCACCUCCCUAGACACCUUGUGCGCACAAGCCUAUGGCUCUGGUCGCAAAAAGCUCGUGGGUCUUCAAAUGCAACGCAUGAUCUAUUUUCUCUGGGCCAUCACCAUUCCCAUCGGCAUUGUCUGGAUCUCCGCCGAGAGAAUCCUUCUUGCACUUGUACCCGAACCUGACGUUGCACGUCUAGCAGGCUUAUACCUCAAAAUAGUCCUAUUCGGCGCACCGGGCUAUGCAGCUUUUGAGGCGGGCAAGCGCUUCGUUCAAGCCCAGGGUUUGUUCUCCGCUUCGCUGUACGUUCUUAUCUUCUGCGCGCCUUUCAACGCCUUCAUGAACUGGCUAUUUGUGUGGAAACUCGGCUGGGGCUUCAUUGGAGCACCUCUCGCCGUCGCCAUCACCGACAACCUUCUCCCCAUUGGUCUUUUCAUCUACGUACGCUUCUUCUCUGCCACCGGUAUGUCAUGUUGGAACGGUUUCACCAAAAAGGCAUUCCAAAAUUGGUCCCCCAUGAUCAAGCUUGCACUACCUGGCUUGAUCAUGAUAGAAGCUGAGUGCUUCGCCUUCGAGGUUCUGACUUUCGCCGCCAGCUAUUUCGGCACGACCGUCCUGGCGGCACAAUCCGUGUUAGCAACCCUGUCGUCCAUAACGUUCCAAAUCCCCUUCCCACUCAGCAUUGCCGGGUCUACACGUGUCGCCAACCUCAUCGGGGCCACGCUCGUGGACGCCGCCAAAGUCAGUACACGCGUCACUUUCUCCGCAGCGCUCGUCGUCGGCAUCCUAAACGUCACCCUGUUAUCCAGUCUAAAAGACUACCUUCCCCGACUCUUUACAUCUGACCCCGAGGUUAUCGAGAUUGUCUCGGCCAUCCUGCCGCUCUGCGCGGCCUUCCAACUCUUCGACGCCUUCGCCGCAGUUUGCAACGGCGUACUGCGUGGUCUUGGUCGCCAAGAGUUCGGCGGCUACGUCCAGAUCUUCUGCUAUUAUGUCUUUGCCAUGCCCAUCAGUUUCGGCACUGCUUUCGGACUUGGCUGGGGUUUGUGGGGUCUCUGGACCGGUGUCGCUCUUGCGCUGGGCCUCGUCGCCCUCAUAGAGUUCAUCUAUCUGGGCAGGACCGACUGGCAGCGAAGUGUCGAAGAAGCAAAUGCGAGAAAUGCCGAUGGUGGUGCCUGA